GUAGCCUACUGGUUAUGAGUGUAUGUCAGAGUGCGAAUCGAUCCGCGGCUACGACAGCGAAAUUAACGGGAGCAGUUUUUUCAUGUUAACAGCAGCAGUAUUUCCAUUACGACCACACCUGCAUUGAGCGACGCUAACAACUUGGAUAUAAGGUGAGCUAGUCCUACCCCUCCUUGCCACGUUGGCAUCUUCUCCUCGUCUCUCUCUUCGUCCACCUCAUCCCUCUCUUCCCCCGUCAUUCUCCACCAUGGCACUCCUCCCCACCUCUCUUUCUGCCUCCGUCCCCUUCCUCCUCUUCCUCCUCCUCCCCCUUCCUUCACCCUGUGCCCUGGAGUCUCUACGAGGAGGAGGAGGAGUAGGAGAGGAAGAGAACCGCUCCAUCUCCACCAUGUCCUAUCCCUCCAUGUCUCCGGAGUUCUGGAGCAACAGCAGCACGGGGCUGGGCAGCAGUUCAAAGUGUUCGCAGCCGGUGGUGUGCAGGCCGGGCACCCUGCUGCCCGUGUGGAAGCCCCUGAGCCCCGGGCUGGGCGACCAGGUAGCCAGGGCCGUGGUCUACUUCACCUGUCUCAUGUACAUGUUCCUGGGAGUGUCCAUCAUCGCAGACCGUUUCAUGGCCUCUAUCGAGGUCAUAACCUCACAGGAGAAGGAGGUGACCAUCACCAUGCCAAGCGGUGAGACAUCUGUGGCCACUGUACGUAUCUGGAACGAGACUGUGUCCAACUUGACUCUGAUGGCUCUAGGCUCCUCCGCCCCAGAGAUCCUGCUGUCUGUCAUAGAGGUGUGUGGGCAUGGGUUUGAGGCGGGUGAGCUGGGCCCUGGCACCAUCGUGGGCAGCGCCGCCUUCAACAUGUUUGUGAUCAUCGCCAUCUGUGUGUGGGUCAUCCCUGAAGGAGAGACCAGGAAGAUCAAACACCUGCGUGUGUUCUUCAUCACAGCCUUCUGGAGUAUCUUCGCCUAUAUCUGGCUCUUCCUCAUCCUCUCUGUCAUCUCACCCGGAGUAGUGGAGGUGUGGGAGGCUCUGGUCACCCUGUUCUACUUCCCAGUGUGUGUGAUCCUGGCCUGGAUCGCUGACCGACGCCUGCUCUUCUACAAGUACAUGGCCAAGCGUUACCGCGCCGACAAGCACGGCAUCGUCGUGGAGACUGAGGGGGACACAACCCCGAAAGGCUUCGAGAUGAUUAUGGACGGAAAGUUCCCUCAGAGUGGAGGGGGGGUGGGAAUGAUGCCCAGUGAGAACUGCCAGGAUGGUGCCAACAAUGCGGCGGGCACCGUGGCCUACCUGCCCAACUCCAACAGCACCAUGGUGACCGUAGAGAAUACCAAGGAGCUGGACGAGAGCCGCAAGGAGGUGAUCCGCAUCCUGAAGCAGCUGAAGCAGAAGUUUCCGGACAAGGAGCUGGAUCAGCUGGUAGAUCUUGCCAACUACUACGCCCUCCUCCAUCAACAGAAGAGCCGCGCCUUCUACCGCAUCCAGGCUACGCGCAUGAUGACCGGCGCCGGCAACGUGCUCAAGAGGCACGCCGCCGACCACUCCCGCCGCGCCGCCGCCGUAGACGAGGAAGUGGUCUGCGAGGACGACGACCUGGCUGAGUGCAGCCGCCUGGCGUUCGAGAGCACCCACAGCCAUUGUAUGGAGAAUUGUGGCGUACUGAGGCUGGCUGUGGUGUGUCAAGGGGGCCUGGGGGAAAGCACCUUCUAUGUGGACUACCGGACCGAGGACGGCUCAGCCAAUGCCGGGUCCGACUACGAGUACAGCGAGGGAACGCUGGUGUUCAAACCCGGAGAGACCCGCAAGGAGAUCAAGGUCGGCAUCAUCGAUGAUGACAUCUUCGAGGAGGACGAGCACUUUUUUGUGCGGCUGCUCAACCUGCGCAUUGGUGACGCCGAGGGGAUGUUCGAGAGUGAUGAGCCAGGCGCGGGACCCAAGGGCCGUCUGGUGGAGCCACUGGUCGCCACGGUGACCAUCCUGGACGACGACCAUGCUGGCAUCUUCACAUUCCGUGAUCGGCUGGUGCGCGUCAGCGAGAGUGUUGGCACCAUGGAGAUCUCAGUGGUGAGGAACUCGGGCGCCCGCGGCACGGUGAUCCUGCCCUAUCACACGGAGGCGGGCACUGCGAAGGGGGGCGGCGUGGACUACGAGGACACCCAGGGAGAGCUGGAGUUCUCCAACGACCAGACAAAUCAGACCCUGCAGGUGAGGAUCAUUGACGAUGAGGAGUAUGAGAAAAAGGAGAACUUCUUCAUCGUACUAGAGGAACCGCGCUGGCUGAAGAGGGGAAUCUCAGCCCUUCUGCUUAACCAAGAGGAUCCUGAUGGCCAGAUGAGUGCAGAGGAGGAGGAGGCGAGGCGCAUUGCAGAGAUGGGAAAGCCCAUCUUGGGGGAGCACAGCCGGCUGGAGGUGGUCAUUGAGGAGUCUUAUGAGUUCAAGAGCACCGUUGACAAGCUCAUUAAGAAGACCAACUUGGCCCUUGUGAUUGGCACUCACUCCUGGAGGGAGCAGUUCGUGGAAGCUGUGACUGUCAGCGCAGGUGAUGACGAUGAUGAAGAGGGGCGUGAGGAGCGUCUGCCAUCCUGCUACGACUACGUCAUGCACUUCCUGACGGUGUUCUGGAAGGUUCUGUUCGCCUUCGUUCCGCCCACCGAGUACUGGAAUGGCUGGGCCUGCUUCUUCGUGUCCAUCUCGGUUAUCGGCAUCCUGACUGCUGUCAUCGGGGACCUAGCCUCCCACUUCGGCUGCACUGUGGGUCUCAGGGACACUGUCACUGCCGUAGUGUUUGUGGCUCUGGGUACUUCCAUUCCUGACACGUUUGCCAGCAAGGUGGCGGCUACGCAGGACCAGCACGCUGACGCGUCGGUGGGCAAUGUGACGGGCAGCAACGCGGUCAACGUGUUCCUGGGCAUCGGGGUGGCGUGGUCGGUGGCGGCCAUCUACUGGAAGGUGCAGGGCAAGGAAUUCCGCGUGGACCCAGGCUCCCUGGCUUUCUCCGUCACCCUCUUCACCAGCUUCGCCUUCAUCUGCAUGGGCGUGCUAUUGUUCCGCCGGCGGCCCUCUAUCGGGGGGGAGCUGGGCGGGCCGCGGACAGCACGCAUCAUCACCAGCCUCUUCUUCCUGGGCCUCUGGUUCCUCUACGUCCUCUUCUCCAGCCUGGAGGCCUACUGCCACAUAGAGGGCUUUUAGAGGACACAUGAGAGCAGAGACAGGGCUACUAGUCAAAACACUGAUAUAGAUUAUAGUUAUUAUAAUACACACAUCUACAACAGGACAGGGCCCAGGCCAAAGGUUGGGACCUGGUCAUUGUCACUGGAUCACUAAUACCUAAGGGAUCUAUAGACAUACCAGAUAUACACACACAAUUACAUACAAACACAUACUGAAAUAUGAACUGUACAUAUAACUACAUGCAUGUGCCAACAAAUGCAAAUGUAGUCUCUCACCAAGACAAACACACACACAUACAAUACUGUAACAAGGGCACCACACAGGUUGUGUGUGGCCUGGAGCCUGGAUGACACCCAGUUAACAUCAACCUCCUAUUGCACACUCAAAUGUUAUACACACUCACUGGACAAACGAGGAAGAGAAGGAGAGAAAACAAAGUAUUGGUCAAGGAAGUGAUGAAGAUGUCAAAGAAGGAAGCAUGUUCAGAAUGUAAACCAGCAUGUUGGAAAAGAGGGAGAGCGAAAGAGAGAAAGUGACAGACAGGUGUGUAGAAACUAAGUGUUGCAGUGGCAUUCUAUUCAUUCCAGCUGGCUGCCUAACAUGAUAUUGGGUCCAGCUAGACUGCUUUAACUGAAGCAAAACCAUGGGUUUUGCAGGGAUGGCCAUAGCUCUAUCACCGUUGCAGCAGAGGCAAACCAGACUCAAAGUACAGUGGUGCAAAAAAUACUCAAUUGUCAGACUUGAGUAAAACUAAAAGUAAAUGCUAUACAUCAAAUUCCGGAUAUUAAACAAACCAGACCGCACAAAUGUAUUUUUUAUGGACAGCCAGGGGCAUCCUCCAAAUCGUACACAUAAUUUACAAACGCAGUAUUUGUGUUUAGUGAGUCUGCCAGAUCAGAGGCAGUAGGGAUGACAAUGUGUUAUAUUGAUAGGUGUGUGGAAUUGGACCAUAUUGCUCUCCUGCCUGAGCAUUCUAAAUGUAACGAGUACUUUUGGGUGUCAGGGAAAAGGUAUGGAAGUAAAAAAUGAUAUAUUUUCUUUAGGAAUGUUGUUGAGUACAAGUCAAAGUUGUCAAAAAUAUAAAUAGUAAGGUAGAGAACAGAACUUGUUUUUGGAGUAAGUUUUAAGUCAAAGUAUUUUUACUUAGUUACUUUACACCACUGCGUAGUAGUGGAAUGGGUCCAUCUUCAGUCGCUAUGACGGAGCACCAUGAAAAUGGUUGAUCAAUGAGUAAAAUGUUUACAUUUAGCAACGGGAGAUACUGAGUAAAACAACAACAAAACUGAAAGCCCCAAGUUGCAGUUCUACUUUUCUAUAGAGAGGUGGGAAUUCCGCAUGACAUUAAAACAAGGUCUCAAUGCGGUGUUGGUGUAAAUACAUGCUUAUAUACUAUAUGAGAGUAGAUGUAUUUAAUAGAGGGACUUCUCUACAGAUAUGGUAGAAUCGGGUGGCCAAUGGGAACAGAUAUAAUGCAUGGUGUUCAGAAACUCGUCACCACUCUCCGACUUGACAGGAAAAUGAAUUUUGGAGAUCGCUUGUGUAAGCUCCUCGACGAGACAUUAUUCUUUCUCAUAACUACAGUCACAUCCAUUGAAGUUAAACAGAGCGAUCCAGAGGGAUUAAAUAUAAAUUUGCCUCCUCAUCUGUGGACUUCUGAAUGAAGGGAAGACCAGAGUUUCUGGAGGCAUCACUCUGAAUAAAGAAAGUCUCACAUCCAGCUCUUGAGGCUCUUCCUGUUCACAUCUCACUGGACUUCAGAUAUUACAGUGGAGAUCAUAGAUCUGCAUUCCACUCCAGACAGUAGAGUCCUCCAUCACCAUCAUGUUUGAGACAUUGUACAUUUUUAUGACCUUUCGCAACCGCCAUACGAGUGAAAUGAGGAUUUAGCAAUGCAGGCACAUUGAUGGUGUAAAUAUUAUUUGUUACUGUCCAAGGGUGAGUUACUAUCCACUGAAGCACAGCACAAAACGACACAUUCAUCUCCUAGAAAUAUGAUACUACAAGAGAGUGUAUCGCUAUCCAACGCUAUCAUUUCAAAAACAAUCCGUUAAUUGAAUACAGGUAUAAAGUCAACUUUACAAAUAUACUGUAUCCCUUUGGCUCCACGCUUGCUCAGUGGACAGUAACUAUUCAUUGUACUUUGGUGGGUGUAAAGGUAAAAUCAGAGAGGGGUGAUGAGGUUGAGGGUAGCGUUUGUUUGGUCCAAAAUAUAUCAUAUGUAAGGAUAUUGGUCACCUGUGUAAGACUUCAGGACCAGAAGAGUUCUGUACCGAGAUGUCUAUAUUGUUGUUCAUUCAAUCGAAAUCUAUCAAUAUUUGUGAAGGGGAAAAAAACGUUGCUCGUUUGUGAUGCUAUAUCGGAACAACUUUUAGGUGUGGAGGGCUGUAAGUCUUUGCUGUGGAAUAGUGGGUAGAGAUGCAUGACAGAAUAAUAUUGACAGCACGGCACCGGCAUGGACAAAAAUAAUGAUAAUGAUGCAUGCAUGGGUGGUGACACGAGAAUACAGUGUGUGUGUAUUUCAUAGGAGAAUGGUUCACAUAGAGCAGGACGUCCAGACUGCAGCCAGACCUGUGAAGAGCAUACAGACUGCUUCUGCUCCUCACCUGUUAACAGUAAAGGCUGCUCUGGAAAUAUCCCAACCCAACCCCAGCUAAUUGGCCCAAAAUACAGCAACACUGGGCCACCAUCAGUACCUAAGACCAUGGCAUAUAAGUUAACUUAUUUUGGAGUGAGGCUUACUGUACUCUAACUUGUCCAACAGUGUUAGUUCCAAAUGCUCCUAUUCUUCUGGUUAUUCUGGUUUCUUACCUUUUGAAAUCCAAACCGCUCCGUUUACGUAACAGUGAAACUGGGAGAGAUUACAUUUCAACCCAUGGGUUCUCAUCAUGUUCUAAUCAGGUACUGACUGUUAUGCAGUAACUACAGAUCGUCGCUACAGUCAUUCUGCGUCAUACCCAUUUAUUGCCUUAAAGUCUAGUAUUUAAUAUUUUGUUUAAUUUGACUUGUCUUGCACUUUGUUGAGUAUGUGUAUGCUUGGAGCAGGAUCACGAAACCAAAUAGAUUUUUGUGCAAUGUGUGGAACCAGUGGCAGCUCAGAGUAAUCUCUACUGCUUAGCUUAGAAAAGUGGCAGAGGUAAUAUACACUAUACAGUGGGGCGAAAAAGUAUUUAGUCAGCCACCAAUUGUGCAAGUUCUCCCACUUAAAAAGAUGAGAGAGGCCUGUAAUUGUCAUCAUAGCUACACUUAAACUAUGACAGACAAAAUGAGAAGAAGAAAAUCCAGAAAAAUCACAUUGUAGGAUUUUUAAUGAAUUUAUUUGCAAAUUAUGGUGGAAAAUAAGUAUUACAGGCCUCUCUCAUCUUUUUAAGUGGGAGAACUUGCACAAUUGGUGGCUGACUACAUACAUUUUUGCCCAACUGUAUAUACAAAAGUAUGUGGACAACCCUUCAAAUUAGUGGAUUCGGCUAUUUCAGCCACACCCGUUGCCGACAGGUGUAUAAAAUCGAGCACACCGCCAUGCAAUCUCCAUAGACAAAAAUUGGCAGUAGAAUGGCCUUACUGAAGAGCUCAGUGACUUUCAACGUGGCACCGUCAUAAGAUGCCACCAUUCCAACAAGUCAGUUCUAAAAAAUUUUGGCCUGCUAGAGCUGCCCCGGUCAACUGUAAGUGGUGUUAUUGUGAAGUGGAAACAUCUAGGAGCAACAAUGGCCACACAAGCUCACAGAACAGGACUGCCGAGUCCUGAAGCUCAUAAAAAUUAUUCUGUCCUCAGUUGCAAAGCUCACUACUGAGUUCCAAACUGCCUCUGGAAGAAAUGUCAGCGCAAUAACUUUUUGUCGGGAAAUUCAUGAAAUGGGUUUCCAUGGCCGAGCAGCCGCACACAAGCCUAAGUUCACCAUGCACAAUGCCAAGCUUCGGCUGGAGUGGUGUAAAGCUUGCCACCAUUGGAGCAGUGGAAACACAUUCUCCGGAGUGAUGAAUCACGCUUCACCAUCUGUUUUGGCGGAUGCCAUGAGAAAGCUACCUGCUCGAAUGCAUAGUGCCAACUGUAAAGUUUGGUGUAAAAGGAAUAAUGGUCUGGGGAUGUUUUUCAUGGUUUCGGGCUUGGCCUCUUAGUUCCAGUGAAGGGAAAUCUUAGUUCUACAGCAUAGAAUGACAUUCUAGACGAUUCUGUGCUUCAGAUUUUGUGGCAAAAGUUUGGGGAAGGCCCUUUCCUGUUUCAGCAUGACAAUGCCCCCGUGCACAUAGCGAGGUCCAUACAGAAAUGCUUUGUCGAGAUCCGUGUGGAAGAACUUGACUAGCCUGACCUCAACCCCAUUGGCCACCUUUUGGGAUGAAUUGGAACGCCAACUGGGAGCCAGGCCUAAUCGCCUAACAUCAGUGCCCGACCACACUAAUGCUCUUGUGGCUAAAUGGAAUCAGGUCUCCGCAGCAAUGUUCCAACAUCUAGUGGAAAGCCUUCAUAGGAGGCUGUUAUAACAGCAAAGGGGGGACCAACUCCAUAUUAAUACCCAUGAUUUUGGAAUGAGACCUUCGAUGAGCAUGUGUCCACAUAAUUUUGGUCAUGUUGUGUAUGAUUACAUAUAAACUGAAAUAACAUCUUUAUGAAAGAUCCACUUAGGUAUACUGUGUUUACUCUGGAUUUGACUCUACUUUAUAAUAUUUUGUUACUCCUGCCCCAUUCUCAAUGAGAUGAAAGUGCAAUAAGUAAGAUAGUGGGAGAUGGGGAGGGGCAGUGAACUGUUACUGUCUAUGGUCCUUACACGUGGCUCAAUCGCCUGACUUACUGAGUCGCUAAGAAAACAUUUAUAAUAACAGAGGACAACAAGGCUGACACAAAAUGGAGGUGUGUUUAUCUCAGUAUUGCCAGGUGUUCUGAGGUGGAUAUGGAGAGAGACUAGAACACAGCAGUGAGGCUCUGUCAAUAUGCUGCACAAUACUAGAGACAGAUGUUAUGUCGUAUGAGAGUUUUCCCCACUUAUUUUAGAGUUCAGGAUAGUUGAACUCUAGUUGAACUGUAGCGUUGUCAGUGAGUACAACCAGUGAGAAUGACUAACAUUUAAAUAUUACAAAUGCAAAAAGUGGAUUAAUGAGUAAUGACAUUUUGGAAAUAAAGUGAGUAAACAAACUGACCCCUUCAACUACAGAUGUACUGAUUCAAAUAGCAACUUAAUGAAAUUGGAAUGCACACUUAAGAAUAGUUAUGUAUAAAUAUGGUUGUUGAUGCUUGUAUAACAUACAAAGAUUUCAGUUACCUUGGCCCUCCUCAGUGUUUCCUCACUAACAGUGUUAGUCAACUUUUGAAAAGCAUCUUCUUAUCUCUUCUUCAACAAAAAAAAAUACAGAAGUGACAUUUUUCUAUUUUCAAAUGAUAUUGGUAAUGGUGGAAGCACCACAGAUGUAGCCCCGAUGGUUUAGGCAGGUGAUUAAGAGGCAUUUAUUUAUUUCUCUAAUUGUCCAAUUUGAAGGCAAAUUUCCCCUUGAACUGUUCAUUUGAUGUACCACUAGCUGAUGUAUUAUUUCUCUCCUAAAUCACUGUGUCUUAUGUUUUUAUACUCUACAUGCACAUUUCUGUUGCCCAGAUUAUUUAAAUUAUUUAUAUUUUUUAAUGAUGUUUUAUUGUUCAACGGCUCCUUGAAGCAAACCAUUUGAACCGUUACAAUGUUUCAAAGAGAGUAGUUGCAAUGUGCAAAAAUAUAAACCUGAAUCUUCUUUGAGUUCAUCUUGAUGGGCAGUCAACUCGGCUCACUCAGUGGGAGUAAAACACUUAUUUUCUCCAGUGUUUGUUGCACCCUCUACCAACCGACAUACAGUAACAGUCAAAAGUUUGGACACACCUACUCAUUCAAGGGGGUUUUCUUCAUUUUUACUAUUUUCUACAUUUGUAGAAUAGUAGUGAAGACAUCAAAACUAUGAAAUAACACAUAUGGAAUCAUGUAGUAACCAAAAAAGUGUUAAACAAAUCUAAAUAUAUAUUUGAGAUUCUUCAAAGUAGCCACCCUUUGUCUUGAUGACAUGUUUGCACACUCUUGGCAUUCUCUCAAACAGCUUCAUGAGGUAGUCACUUGGAAUGCAUUUCAAUUAACAGGUGUGCCUUGUUCAUUUGUGGAGUUUGAGACAAUCAGUUGUGUUAUGACAGGGUAAGGGUGGUAUACAGAAGAUAGCCCUAUUUGUUAAAAGACCAAGUCCAUAUUAUGGCAAGAACAGAUCAAAUAAGCACAUCAUUACUUUAAGACACACAGGUCAGUCAAUAAGGAACAUUUCAAGAACUUUUUAAAGUUUCUUCAAGUGCAGUCGCAAAAAAACAUCAAGCGCUAUGAUGAAACUGGCUCAUGAGGACUGCCACAGGAAUGGAAGACCCAGAGUUAUCUCUGCUGCAGAGGAUAAGUUCAUUGGAGUUCACUGCUUCACAGUGUUCAAGUAACAGACCCAUCUCAACAUCAACUGUUCAGAGGAGACUGCGUGAAUUAGGCCUUCGUGGUCAAAUUGCUGCAAAUAAACAAUUACUACAGGACACCAAUAAGAAGAGACUUGCUUGGGCCAAGAAACACGAGCAAUGGACAUUAGACAAAAUCUGUCUUUUGGUCUGAUGAGUCCAAAUUUGAGAUUUUUGGUUCCAACCACCGUGUCUUCUUGAGACACAGAGUAGGUGAACGGAUGAUCUUCGUUUUUGUGGUUCUCACUGUGAAGCAUGGAGGAGGAGGUGUGAUGGUGAUUUGCUGGUGACACUGUCAGUGAUUUAUUUAGAAUUCAAGGCACACUUAACCAGCACGGCUACCAAAGCAUUCUGCAGCGAUACGCCAUCCCAUCAUUUGUUUUCAACAGGACAAUGACCCAACACACCUCCACGCUGUGUAAGGGCUAUUUGACCAAGAAGGAGAGUGAGGGAGUGUUGCAUCAGAUGACCUGGCUUCCACAGUCAUCCAACCUCAACCCAAUUGAGAUGGUUUGGGAUGAGUUGGACCGCAGAGUGAAGGAAAAGCAGCCAACAAGUGCCCAGCAUAUGUAGGAACUUCAAGACUGUUGGAAAAGCAUUCCAGGUGAAGCUGGUUGAGAGAAUGCCAAAAGUGUGCAAAGCUGUCAUCAAGGCAAAGGGUGGCUACUUUGAAGAAUCUCAAAUCUAAAACUAUAUUUUUGAUUUGUUAAACACUUUUUUUUUGUUACAUGAUUCUCUAUAUGUGUUAUUUCGUAGUUUUGAUGUCUUCACGAUUAUUCUAUAAUGUAUAAAAUAGGAAAAAUAAAUAAAAGAUAUUGAAUGAGUAGGUGUGUCCAAACUUUUGACUGGUACUGUAUAUUUAAUUAAUUAACGUGAAGACUAUCAAGUGAGAUUAGCAUGUUUACAUAAAAAUAGUAAUGGACAUCGCAAGUAUCUUGUCAGUUUGUUCAGCAUUGUGAUAUAUAGAAUGCCAUUUACAUUCAUUGGGUUGGUUAUGAUAUGCCUUUUACUGAAUAGAACUGUCUACAAUGUUCCGUUUUUUUAAUGACUUCUAGCUUUUGCCAUUGCUGUAGAUGAGAUAUCACUCCCAGAUGUUUUGUGUGUGUGCAGUAAAUGUCAUCCUAUCUGCAAAUGCAUGAACCCCUUGUGUGUUAGCAUGGUCUCUUAUGGACGUCUAGGUUUACAUUUGGAUCGAGUUAUGUCAAAAUAGUUUCUCUUCUUGUCCUGGGUGGCUGCUUGCAUGGUCUGCUCACGCUUACAACGAACUGAGCAAUGUCGACUUGGUCUAGCAGCAGGUGAAUUGUCAUUUUUUGAUUACGUGUCUACAGUCUACUUAUUUAUUCACCAGCUACAAAAGCUGUGAAUAGAAAGCCUGACUUUUCCUGUCUAUGUCUGAACGCCUCUGAUCAUUUGGUUGUCAGUUUGUUUGAGUAUGAUAUAUCUGUGUCUGUUCGUGCCCCUCAACUUUCUGUAUUGGGGUGAUCCACCCCAGGUCGUGCUCUUCAAUGUGUUCUUUGUGCAGUUUGAUCUGUGAACCGUUUCUCUCUGACUGACAUUUGUAUGGAAUAGUGACUGACUUGAUGAAGAUAUGUGAUAUUUACAUUCAUUCAAUACUGUAAUAAAUUAUUUGAAAAUUAUAUUGCAUUUUUUUAUCUAGGUAAAAACAAAGGAAAACUAUGGCAUGAGGUGUAAUGUGUUUAGAAAAAACAAAGAUGUAAUCAACUCAAGUUGACCUUAUUGAAUAUAGUUUAUUUAUUUUCAAUGCUUAUUGUGUCUGUGUAAUCCUUUUUUAUAUGAGAACUUGAACGCAAGUGACAGACAUUGACAACAACUUACAU